AUGCCGAAGCCUUUCCUCCGCUCCGUCCCCGCGAACGCUACCAUUACUCGUCGAGUUGCGUCCGGCAUCAAACCCGAAUGUCAUCAACCAUCAACAUUGAAUCCUCGCCGUUAUAAUGCCGCGAACACACGCUCAUGUCGCUGUCAUUGCAGACAUUUCAGCCAACUAACCCCCAAACCACUUGCACGCCUCCACGACCGCCGUGACAUCGACGCAAUCUUUUUCUCGAGAUCGCCUUUGAUCACGCUACAUUCUAGUAGGAAUAGACAGAAAGACGAGAGAUGCAGAAACAAAGUCGCCAGUCAAGUAGGUCAGACAGGUCAUACAGUAAAAUAUGACCUACGGCCUGGGACCGAAGGAGGAGAAGAUCACAAACCGCCCGACGAGCGGGUUCUGCGGUUAGGCAAGACACUGAGAAGACUAUCCCCCCUCCUCCCCAACAUCUUCGUCAACCCGCUCCCCACGGACCUCCUCUCGCCACAAAUCACCCUGCACCUCUUCCCCUCCACGCAUCCACAUUUACCAAACGUCAAGGGCCGCGUAUUGUAUCGAGCAGCCCUGUGGACUGUCCCCAUGGCAUGGAGCAGUCUGCCAUUGCUGGGAAAUGUGAAACUCCAAAUUCUGUCAGAGCGCAUGGUACGCGCUGAUUCGGUGUUGGGAUAUUCCGAUUGUCGUCGAUAUGAAGAUGCGAGUAACGGGUGUGGGGAGGAGAGGCUUGUUGUUCGGUGGAAGACGAGUCAUAACACCCCUUCUACAGAAUCGACUUCGACUUCCGGACCGCGUCAGAAUGGUGUAUCGGGCUCAGAAGCGGGGAAAAACAAAAGCCUAAGCACCCUCCUCGGCGGCGACGCCCCUAUUUUCUUACCUGGCAAAGAAGGCCGUUUCGAGGGUUUGUUCAUUUUCGCAUUCGACGAAAAGGGACGCAUUGCGGCACACACCAUUGAGCAUGCGGAUCAGGCGGAUGGAUGGGAUCGGACGGCGAAGUUUGUGACGUUGACGGAUUGGUUGUUGGGGAAGGCGAGGGGGAGUCUUGGUGAGGCUGGUGCGGCGCCGGCGUUGGCGCAUGCGAGGUAUCCCGUUGAGAGUCGGCAGGCUUCUUAUCGUGGUUAUAGUGAGAAAGAGGGGAGGUUGUGUUAUCAUGACGGGAUGAGGUGA